AUGGGAGCUCAGAAUGAAUCGAAUAAGUUCUGGUUUUUCUGGAAUUCGGGGACUAAUGUUACUGUUAUUGUUGAUCAUCCCCAGUUUCUUCACGUUAGAGUUGAGGAUCCCAGACUAGCGCGUGCUAUCUAUUUGACUCCAGUCUAUGCGUCAUGCGAUACUACUAUCAGGAGAGAUUUGUGGGCGGGUCUUCACCACAUCUCCCUCGAUAUGGACGAUCCUUGGCUAGUUGGAGGAGACUUUAAUGUUAUUACACAUGAUGGAGAGCGCACUGGUCAUAAUACCCGUAAUCGUGGCAUUACUGCUUUCUCUGAUAUGAUGUUAGACUGUGGUUUAGAGGAUGCAGGUUUCAUUGGAAACCGAUAUACUUGGACCAAUGGUCGGGUUAGAAAGAGAUUGGAUAGGGUACUUAUUAAUUCUACAGCUGUAGCUUUUUGUCGACAGCUUACAGUGAGACACUUGAAUCGGACUUCAUCUGAUUACUCUCCUUUACUGCUUCAGUGGGUUCAGAUUCCUCAAUGGAUGACCGUUCUUUGGGAGAAGUUCUUCAGGCUGAAACAGGGUCUGUGCUGGUGGAACCGACAUGUAUUUGGAGAUAUUUUCCAGCGGGUGCGCGAUACUGAGGUCGGGGUUAAUGAGGCUGAGAUAAUAUAUGAUAGAGAUCCUACACCGGAGCACCGUAACUUACUACAUCAGGCCUAG